GAAAAGGAAAGAGAGAGCAAUGCUUGGUAAUAUUCUGUAGAGCGUAUUGACUCGUUGAAGACAAUUCAAUGAUCAUGCUGUUAUAUACCACAUCUUCCCCUCCUCUAAUACAUACCCAAAAGUGUUUCCGCUAGCUUUCUCCCCUCAUCUAGUAACUCUUAGACUACUCUUCUGAAAUGGAAGCGAGUCUGCUGGUUAUUCCUUUCGUCAUAUUGUUUUUAUCUGUUAGAGCUAAUAGGGAUGGGUUAAAGGUAGGUUUUUAUAGCCAAACAUGCCCUAAGGCCGAGGAGAUUAUCAAUGAAACUGUUGCCAAAGCAGUUAAAGCAAAUCCUGGUGUACCAGCUGCUCUUAUAAGAUUGCACUUCCAUGAUUGCUUUGUGAGAGGCUGCGAUGGAUCAAUUCUCCUUGAUUCCACAGCAGACAACGUAGCGGAGAAGGACUCCUUUGUCAACAAUCUGAACCCGGUGGGCUACGACAUAAUUGAUGAAGCCAAGUCCAAACUGGAAGCCAAAUGUGCGGGUGUCCUUUCUUGUGCCGACAUAGUGGCAUACGCUGCAAGAGAUAGUGCUUACCAAGCUGGUGGGUUAUUUUGGGCGGUUGAAGGCGGUCGAAGAGACGGGAGGACAUCUCUCGCAAUAGAGCCCCCAUUGAAUCUUCCUUGUCCCUCAUUUGAUGUAAACCAGUUGACACAAAUUUUUGCCACAAAGAAUUUGACGCAGGAGGACAUGGUCACUCUCUCAGGUGCCCAUUCAAUUGGGGCUUCUCACUGUGCUUCAUUCAGUGUAGAUCGUCUGUACUACUUCAACGGGAGUGGUGGUCAAGACCCUUCCAUGAACUGCCACUAUGCUGUUAAGCUAAAGGCCAUAUGCACCCCCUCGGCUUCACCAGAGGCCGUUGCUUUACUGGAUCCUUUCACUCCCACUAAGCUGGACGUGAAUUACUACAUAAACUUGCAGUACAAUCUUGGACUGUUGAAAUCUGAUCAGGCGUUGAUGUUAGAUGAUGCCACCUCCCGAGAGGUGAAGAUUAACGCCAAGUAUCCAACCAUUUGGAGGAAGAAAUUCGGACGAGCAAUGGUAAAGAUGGGUGCAUUUGACGUGUUGACAGGAACGCAGGGAGAGAUAAGGAAAAAGUGCCGUUUCCGGAACUAGCGGAUUCCUGCGCCCUAAGGAGAGUUUAAAGUUGCUUGACAUUUUUUUUUUAAACAUUUCUGGUAAAUUGUGUUAGAAAAUGUGAUUUAUUCCUCACAUUUUUUAUUAUCAAUAUAUUAAUGAUGAUGGAAGGUCAAGUCAUGUCAUAUUGUGGAGUAAAAGUGAGGAGAAUAACUAAGGUUAAAUUAAACUUAGAAAUAUGGGAACAAGUCUAAGUACAAGCCAUGUCUUAUUGUAUAAGGCCAUGUCAAAUGAAAUCAGAAGAUUGCAGAACAAGUCAUUCAUGCAUGCCAUGUCAUAUUAUACAAGUCAAGUCAAGUCAAAUUAGAUUAAAGACUAAAUUUCAAGUCAUGUUAGAAGCUUAAAGUACAAAUCAUGAGUUAAUGUCAUAUCACGUAGCAAGUUAAGUAGGAAACUUGAAGGUAAAAUUAUGUG